UCUUUUCUUAACGGAGUUAAAAAUAAUAGUUUAAGAUGGCAGCUUCCUCAAAGUCGACUGAAACAAAAGAAAGUCAAGCAAAUACUGUAAAGGAAAAUAACACAUCUAGUAGCGAUAGUGGUAUUACUAAUCCAAAAGAUGGCGAAGAUUUUGGAUACUUUUUCUUUCCUGAAAGAGAUAGACUUAAGAAGCAAGAAAAGUCUUUUCUUAGUAAACUUUGGAAUCGCGAGGACAUUACAAAUUUCAAAUGCAAAGCGAAUGUUUUGUCUUGUAUGAAAAGCAAUGAUAAAGUAAAAUUGAUGGUGACUGCUCUGGAAAGUCAUGGAUGUCCUGUAGAGUUGGAUCGCCAUAUAUCAUGUGAGAUGUGUAGAGACAGAGUGAAUGGUGGGUUUGAUCCUAAAUCAAUGCAGGUUGUAAUUUGUCAAAACAAUGUACACACUCAAGAUGUAUGUUGCAAUGUCUUAGCACAUGAAUUGUUACAUGCAUUUGAUUAUUGUCGAGCUAAAGUCAACUUUGAAAAUUUGAGACAUUUAGCAUGCUCAGAGAUUAGAGCUGCCAAUAUGUUUCAUUGUUCUCUUGGGGCAGCCAUGAGCUCAGGAGAGGCAUCUUUAUUUCAUGUGAAGGAGAGACAUCAGCUAUGUGUCAAAAAUAAAGCCCUCCAAUCUAUGAGACUUGUUAGAAAUGUAACUGAAUUUGAAGCCAUGAUGGUGAUAGAUGACGUCUUUGACAAAUGCUACAAUGACACAGAGCCAUUUGGCAGGAGGUGUUUUAAAAACUUGGGCCGAGCAAAAAGGGCUUUAAAUGAAUCGAGGAAUUAUUAUGAUUUUAGUGAUAUUGAUUGAUGUAAAAGUGUAAUUAGUUCUAAAAUGUUGAGUCAUAUUUUAUUAAAAUCUAUUCAUUGUUAGAUACAUUUGUAUGAAAGUUGGUUUGUGUAUGCUUUAGUAUAUAUUUAUCUUAAUAUAAUCCAUUUAUGAUGUAUGCAAUAAAAGAUUUAACAAUUUUUUUUCAAUGA